AAUGAAAAAGAGAGUUUUCCUUUUAAAAGCUUCGGGUAUUUGUUUUUCUUAAUUUUCUAGGCGGGCUAUGGACUUGCUGGUAGACCCAGCUUUAUUGACCUCUAAAACCUGAAUGAUUUGCUCCUGUUUUCUUAAUAUAAACACAUUCAUAGAACCAUUCUUUUUUAGCUGUCUCAAUGUCUCUCUUGUUUCUGUAAAAUCCAGUGUUAGAUAGGAUGCUACUAGUGCACAGAGAGUCAACCAAGAGAAGCUGAAGGCGUUCCUAAAUUUGGGUCUCCUGCAUUUCUUUUUCCUACUUUCGAGAGAGAGAGAGAGAGAGAGAGAGAGGAGAAAUGGGUAUUGUUCCAGAUGAGGCAAUCAUUCAGUUCAAAGCACUAAUGGAUCAAGUUGAGGAGCCAUUGAAGAGGACAUAUCAAAAUAUUCAUCAAGGAUAUCAAACCGAAACUUUGAUGCGUUUCCUAAAAGCUAGAGAAUGGAACGUUGCCAAGACCCAUAAAAUGUUGAUUGAUUGUUUGCAUUGGAGGAUACAAAAUGAGAUUGACAAUAUAUUAAUGAAACCUAUAGUUCCAACCGAUUUGUACAGAGCAGUGCGUGAUUCACAGCUCAUAGGAAUGUCAGGUUACUCAAGAGAGGGGCUUCCAGUCUUCGCUAUCGGCGUUGGGCUCAGCACAUUUGAUAAAGCAUCUGUCCACUACUAUGUUCAAUCACACAUUCAAAUAAAUGAAUAUCGGGACCGUAUAAUUCUGCCUUCUGCUUCAAAAAAAUAUGGGCGACCAAUAACCACCUGUGUGAAGGUUUUGGAUAUGACUGGUUUGAAGCUGUCAGCACUUAGCCAAAUAAAGUUGCUGACAAUCAUAUCAACUGUUGAUGACUUGAAUUAUCCUGAGAAAACAAAAACAUAUUACAUUGUAAAUGCCCCAUAUAUAUUUUCAGCAUGUUGGAAGGUAGUCAAGCCCCUACUGCAAGAGAGGACAAGGAAAAAAGUUCAGGUGUUACCAGGUAAUGGGCGAGAUGAGUUGUUGAAGAUAAUGGAUUUGACAUCUCUUCCACAUUUCUGUACAAAGGAAGGAUCUGGAUCUUCACAACAUGCGGAGAAUGCAACUGAGAGUUGCUAUUCCUUGGAUCAUCCCUUUCAUCAACAGCUCUACAACUACAUCAAGCAGCAGUCCUUGAUCAAUGAACCUGACAAACCAAUUAAGCAGGGGUCUUUCCAUGUUGAUCUGCCUGAGGCAGCUGCUGAAGGAACCAAAAUCGCUGAAACCAUUGAAUCUGAGCUACUUAAGUUUGAGAAUGGUAAUGGGAUUUCCAGGUCAGCAAGUAGCCUUAAAAUCAUCGACGAUUGAGGCUGUUACUUAAGAGAGGUGAAUUUUCAACCUUGAUGCCCAAAAUUACUUUGUUAUAGGUAUACAAUAUAAAUAGUAGCGAUUCCCAAUAUCUAUAAUUCAGAGGGAAAAGCUAAUACUGUAUGUAAUUUUAGAUGUUGGCUGGAUAAUUUGUAUUAAGCUUUCCACAGCUAGAGACGGUGUAGGAAUGUUAAGAGAAUUGUAAUUCCUAGUUUCCUUGUUUUAUGCUGAGGGAAAUCUAUUUUAGCGAUCA